AUGUCUCCUGUAGCUGCUGCUGACUCAGAUGGGGACCGGCGAGACAGGCGUGUCAGCAAGCUCAUUUUCUUCCUUUUCGUCUUUGGUGCCGUCCUGCUAUGUGUGGGAGUCCUGCUCUCCAUCUUCGGGUUCCAGGCCUGCGAGUACAAAAUCUUCCCAGACUGCAGCCUGGUGCUAAAGGUCGCUGGGCCUGCCUGUGCCGCGGUCGGGCUCGGGGCUGUGAUCCUGGCCCGCUCGAGGGCACGACUUCAGCUCCGGGAGGGGCGCCUGCGGGGCCGGCAGGUGGACCCGGACCAGGCCUUCAUCUGUGGAGAGAGCCGCCAGUUUGCCCAGUGCCUCAUCUUUGGGUUUCUGUUCUUGACGAGUGGCAUGCUCGUCAGCAUACUGGGCAUCUGGGUCCCUGGGUGUGGCUCAGACUGGGCGCAGGAACCGCUGAAUGAGACAGACACGGCUGAUGCGGAGCCCCAGACCUGUGGAUUCCUGUCCCUGCAGAUCAUGGGGCCCUUGAUUGUACUCAUGGGACUGUGUUUCUUUGUGGUGGCCCACGUUAAGAGAAACAACUUGAAUGAGGGCCAAGAUGCCUCUGAAAGUGAAGACAGACAGACGCAGAGCAUGGAGCCUGUCCAGGUCACUGUAGGUGACGCCGUGAUAAUAUUCCCGCCUCCGCCACCACCUUACUUUCCCGAGUCUUCAGCUUCUACAGUAACUCCGAGUCCUGGGGCUAAUGGUUUGCUUCCCAGCGAAAAUCCACCUUCGUAUUACAGUAUUUUUAACUAUGGUAGGACUUCAACUCCUGAGGGCCAAGGCACAGCCUCCGAGAGAGAUCGUGAAUCUAUAUACACCAUUUCUGGGACUGCUGUGUCCUCUGAGAUCUUAAUCACUCCACAUCUCUCCCCCGAACUGCCUCCCAGAUAUGAAGAAAAAGAAAUGGCGGCAACCGCAACGUCAUCUCCAUCUUCUGAGCCUUCCCCACCAUGAACUGUGGACUCUGGUUCC